AUGGGGCACUAUGGUGAGUACCCACUCGAUGGUAACUUGCCCUAUGCCAAGCUGAUUACUCGCAUCCUUCGUCGGUGUAAUGUUCCUUUGAGUAAUGACUGGCUGGGCAAGCAUGUCACCCCUGUAAGCAGAACCACUCUGUCGAAGAUGAAGAUGACGAUGUGGGAUGGGAGCUUGGAGUUAUCUCCAGAGAGGCCAGUAGGGGGUGGUGAUGGUGAUGGUGAUGAUAGUUCUGAUAGUUCUGAUGGAGGUGGUGAUGGUGAUGCAGUGGCUCCUCCAGCUGCUAGUGAGGUCAGAGUUACCCAAGCUUUGGCAUGCGCUUUAGGACGGGGUUAUGGAUGGAGAGGUGCUACCACAACAGGCCGAGGUGCCGCUGUUGCAGGUCGAGAUGCUGGGGCUUCUAGUUCCCAGGUUCCUGAGGGGCCACCUCCACCAGGGGAAGAGAGAGACAUGAUUGAUAGUGGAUGCUCCAAGCAUAUGACGGCCAACCCCAAUCUAUUCACCAAGCUAAACAAGUACAAUGGAGGAAUGGUGACAUUUGGGGACAAUAGCAAAGGAAAAAUCAUUGGCAUCGGUGAAAUCACCAUUGGAGGUACAAUCAUAUCCAAUGUAUGCCUAGUUGACAAUUUAAAGUAUAAUUUGCUUAGUGUGAGUCAACUAUGUAAUAUAGGAUAUAGUGUCAUUUUCAAAACCUCUCAUUGCUUAGUAAAAAAUUCAAAUGAUAAGACUAUCUUGAAGGGAAUUAGGAAAAAUAAUAUCUAUAUCUGCUUAUUGGAUGAAGCAAAUUCUAGUAAUACAUGUUUUGUGACAAAUGAUGUUGAUCCCUACCUAUGGCAUAGGAAACUAGGACAUGUUAAUGUAAAAGUGAUUAAGACCAUUGCAUCUAAGAAUUUAGUUAGAAACUUACCCAAACUCAAAUUUGGAAAAGACCAUGUAUGUGAUGCUUGUCAAAGAGGAAAACAAACCAAGGUAUCUCAUAAAUCAAAAAAUGAAGUGUCUACCACUAGACCCUUAGAACUACUACACUUGGACUUGUUUGGACCUAUUACUACACCUAGCCUAGGCGGUUCAAGAUACACCUUUGUAAUAGUUGAUGAUUUCUCUCGCUUCACAUGGACUCUAUUUUUAAAACAUAAAGAUGAAGCCUUUGAUGAAUUUGCAUCUCUAUGUAAGAGAAUACAAAACCAAAAGGGAUAUCUCAUAACAACCAUUAGAAGUGAUCAUGGAGGAGAAUUUGACAAUCUCAAUCAAUUUGGGAGUUAUUGCAGUAAACAAGGCAUAACCCACAACUUCUCCGCUCCUAGAACACCUCAAUCCAAUGGGGUGGUUGAAAGAAAGAAUAGAUCACUCCAAGAGACCGCUAGAACAAUGAUAAAUGAAUACUCUCUUCCAAAAUAUUUUUGGGCCGAAGCGGUCAAUACGGCUUGCUAUGUGUUAAAUCGUGUAUUAAUUAGACCUAUAUUACUCAAAACACCCUAUGAACUCUAUCAUAAUAAACUACCUAAAGUUGAUUACUUUAAAGUGUUUGGGUGUAUAUGCUAUAUAUUGAAUACUAAGGAUAACUUAGGAAAAUUUGAUGCUAAAGCCGAUGAUGGCAUUUUCCUUGGAUACUCUUCAAAUAGUCGAGCCUAUAGAGUCUUCAAUAAGAAAAGCUUGAUUAUUGAAGAAUCAAUGAAUAUAAAAUUUAAAAUUGAACCUAAAAAUAUAAAAGAAGCAUUGGAAGAUAGUGAUUGGAUAGUAGCUAUGCAAGAAGAGCUCCAUCAAUUUGAAAGAAACAAUGUUUGGGAGCUUGUCCCAAAACCCAAGAAUCAUUCUAUUAUAGGAGCCAAAUGGGUGUUUAGAAACAAACUUGAUGAAGAUGGAUCAAUCAUUAGAAACAAAGCUAGAUUAGUUGCCAAAGGAUAUAAUCAACAAGAAGGGAUAGAUUUUGAUGAAACCUAUGCACCGGUAGCAAGACUGGAAUCUAUUAGAAUGCUACUUGCUUUUGCAUGUCAUAAAAAUUUUAAGCUAUGUCAAAUGGAUAUCAAAAGUGCUUUUUUAAAUGGCUUUAUCAUGGAGGAAGUAUAUGUUGCACAACCUCCCGGAUUUGAGGAUACACAAUAUCCGGAUCAUGUCUUCAAACUUAACAAAGCUCUCUAUGGACUCAAACAAGCUCCUAGAGCUUGGUAUGAGAGAUUGAGUGAAUUCCUAAUCCAAAGUGGAUUUCAAAUGGGUAAGGUUGAUACAACCUUGUUUGUGAAACAUAGAGGAAAAGACUCUAUUAUCGUGCAAAUAUAUGUUGAUGAUAUUAUAUUUGGAUCCACCAAUGAAAAUCUUUGUGUUGAAUUUAGCAAAUGCAUGAGUGAUGAAUUUGAAAUGAGUUUGAUGGGUGAACUUAAUUUUUUCUUAGGACUUCAAAUUAAGCAAACCAAAAAUGGAAUCUUUAUAUGUCAAACUAAAUACACUAAAGAACUUCUCAAGAAAUUUGAUUUCGAUGGUCAAAAGUCAUCUAGCACCCCCAUGAGCACCUCUCUAAAGCUAUCUAAAGAUGAGGAAGGCACUCCCAUAGACCCUACACGCUAUAGAGGCAUGAUUGGUAGCCUUCUAUAUCUCACCGCUAGUAGGCCAGACAUCAUGUUUAGCGUGUGUGCUUGUGCUAGAUUCCAAGCCAACCCAAUGCAAUCCCACUUUAGUGCCGUUAAAAGGAUCUUUAAAUAUCUUAAAGGUACUACAAAUGUAGGAUUAUGGUACCCAAUGAACCAAAAUUUUGAUUUAAUAAGCUUUUCGGAUGCCGACUUUGCAGGGUGCCAUCUUGAUCGCAAGAGUACAAGUGGCACAUGUCACUUCUUAGGAUCUUGCUUGGUUUCAUGGUUUAGCAAGAAACAAAACUCUGUUGCUCUUUCCACUACUGAAGCCGAGUACAUUGCGGCCGGCAGGUGUUGUGCCCAAGUCCUUUGGAUGAGGCAAACUCUCAUGGACUAUGGGAUACAUUUUAGUUCAUCUCCAAUUAAUUGCGACAAUACAAGUUUAAUCAAUUUAAGCAAAAAUCCCAUUCUCCAUUCAAGAGCCAAACAUAUUGAUAUUAGGCAUCACUUUCUUAGAGACACAGUUCAAAAAGGGGAAAUUGUUCUAAAAUACAUUGAAACUGAAAAACAACUUACAGACAUACUCACCAAUCCAUUAAGUGAAGAGAGAUUCUGCUAUUUG